AUGAGAGAUCUUGAGAAUGUAUUGGAAGAAGAAAAGUGCUUGGUUAGUUUGGACUCUGGAGAGCUUGCACAAGGCCAACUUUUCCCUGGUUUGAGGCCUAUAAAGGCAACUUGCAUGGAUGUCAGGGUUGAGGGUGAGGUGAAGUCUUUCCUAGAGACUAAUUUUGCCUCCUACCUCCACCUUGGUGAGCUGGACAUAGAGGGUCUUCGUCAGCUGUGCGAUAAUCUAGACGCUGAAGUGAAACAUCUUGAGGCCAACACUUCUUAG